CCGGUGUUUCGGAGGGCACUAGGAACCGGCUUGCUGAACUAUUUCGCAGGUCAGGCAGGCACGCCCACGCCGGGAGUGAUCGUAAAGCAUAGCGAGGCGGAGGUCGUAUCCCCUCGCGGGUCGUCCAAUACGACUCAAGCAGGAGUCCAGAUCAAGAUGUCGACUGCUUUAACUGUCAUUGGGAACAAUGAGGACACAGUGGCGAAAGUCGAGCGCGCUUUCCCUGCAACUGGGAUGAGCAACGCGCAGAACCAAGCGCUUCUAUUAAGGGUCGGGUUGGAUCUCCUCCUUCGCCAUCCACUCCAACUCCAAAGUAGUUGUCAUCUGGAAGAAGUACUUAGGAGAAAACAACGAGAAAAAGAAUGAAGACAAGUAGAAGAAAAAGAAAUUCUCGUCCAGAUGAAAGAAACGCGUGGGAUGGACAUAGAUGAGAUAAAUUUCAUAGGUACACCACCUCUAAUUGUAGCAGCCAUCAUCGCUGUGUUGACACUGCCGAACACGCUACAGGACAUUGUCGACGGCUUUACACAUGCGGGGCAUGGGGGACAGGCCACCCUCUUCGCAGAUGCUUUAGCAGCCUACAACGCAGCUGGUGGGGCUGUGGGCGGCGCGAGUUUUCCCAUUGACGUGACAUCAGCGGACGGCCAGGGCGCGCCCGUGACGACUACGACAACGUCAACAACAACCGUUGACCCCUCUUUUUACGGCUGUGAGUCGUAAAUUAACAACAACCGUUGACCCCUCUCUUUAAGGUUCUAUUCUCAUUCAUCAAAAUUCAUCUCUGUGGUCUGAGACUGAGUUCAUCCUUGAAGAUAAGCACGAAUUCAUCUCUGGCUAUAGGAAUGGGUAUCUUUGAAAAGUAUGAGAUAGAAGAAGCUACAAGAUGAGAAGUUGUAUGUAAGUACCUUUGAAAAGUAUGAGAUAGAAGAUGAAAAUGUGUAAUUGUAAGUAGUAUCUUUGAAGAAAAGUAUGACAAGCUGUAGUUGGAAGUAGCUGUAGUUGGAAGAGGAUGAAGUUUUCACGGAAUUGUGAGAGGUCUAAUCUUUCUCUCGUGUGUUGGGUUUCCAGUUGGCGAAUCUUCCUAAUGGAGCCGAUGUGCAUGCACUAUUGU